AUGAAAUCCGUCCCGACCGUUCUAGACCGUGAUUUCAAAUCCAUAACCGGUUUGAACUGCUUACUUGGUUUCCAAGAUCUCUUUGUCAUCCUUCUUCUCCUUCAACCUCUGCUAUUAGACACUGGAAAAUCAGAUCCACCGAUCAUUCCAGAGAAAGAGGAACAAAGAUUGAUUUUGGACAAAGAAGGGAUACCUCGAGAUCAACACAUAGUGAUUUUUGCUGGAAAGGAAUUAGAAGAUGGAAGAACACUUACUGAUUACAGCAUCCAGAAAGAAUCAACACUUUCGUCUAGUUCUUGCAUUAAGAGCUGGAAAUCAAUGAGAAGAUGGAAGAACAAUUUCAUCUAGUUCAUGUCUUAUGUGAUUGCCCCAUGACAUUGUUUAUUUGUAUUUGUAUUUGUACUUGAGAUUUGGUGCUUAUUAUCGCUUAUCACAAUUUGCAUUGCUUUUUGGGGGAUUGGAAUAACUUUUUGUGACAAGGAUUAGAUUUAAGGAC